UGUGUGCGUGUCCAUUAAAAGCGUGGAGAGGAGAAUACUGUAAAUAUUAUUUACCAUCUAGCUCUGUGGCAUUUCCACUGUUUCAUUAGGUUGGAGUGCAGGUAAAUAUAGAACUGGAGUAACAUCAGAAGUUAUGACUCUGGAAAAGCGACUUGAAUACAACGUAACAGAACACAGCAAUUUGAAGACCUCUACUUCUCGGUGGAAAAAGUAUGUGAAUGAAACAAAGCAGGUCCUGCAGAUCCUCUGGAGUGCUUACUCCAGUCCGACGCCAAGCGGCUGGAACCAACUGUUUGUUCUCCUCCUGUUAUGCUUGUGCAUAUCCGCCAUCGCCGGUGGGUUACUCCACAACUGGCUGCUGUCAUCUCUGAAGUACAAAGGGUACAUGAGCAACUUCAUAACCGGAAUUUUCAUAAUCAUCAUGUUCCUGCUUCUCUUCCUGGUCCAUCCCAUGCGCUGUGCGUUCACCAUUGUGGUCCCCACAUUGGGCACGAAACAAGGCCGCGAUCUCUUCCUUUCCACAUGCUUCAUGCUCGUGGCCAUCAACAUCAUCCCCAACAUUAUGGGCAACAUGAAGACGGUUCUCAAGCUCUUUCAGUGCGUUGCAAUGACCUCAAUCACGAGCCUAAAGAACUCAACUAGCAUUGUAAGACAUGUCAAGGAUGAGCUGGUUGAAGAAUUGCAGAAGCUACAAAAAUUGAAGGAAAUGACGUUCAUCACAUCAGACAAGAAAUGGGAAUUAAACUCUGAUAUCAAUCUAACAGCAAUCCAGAGCCAAUUGCAUGCAAUUGGCAAAGAUAUCCAAAGUGAAUUUGAUAAAGUUCAUACCUUAAUCAGUGAGAUUACUCUGUACACCAACCGAGCACUGGCUGCCUUUAUCUUCUUCUAUCUGGCCUUCACCUCCAUUUGGUAUCUCAAGGGCUACCUGACAAACCUGGAGUUUGACAAUGUGUAUAUAACUGGCAAGUUAACUGACCUACUACAACCAAAGAAAGGACAGCAUUUACCUAAGCGAACUGCCAGUAAAAAGCUAAUCCGAUCCACCGGGUUAAAGAUGUCAUCAAAUGAAGUAGCCGCAUGCAUCAAGCAAAUGCUGAUCAGCACCGCGUAUUUAGCCAUAUCCACAAUUAUCAUCAUAGCGGAUUUUGUCAUCUUCUCGUUCACAUCGGAGGUCCUGCGUUGGACAGUUGACAUCCCACCUGUACAGGCUGCUUUGGGAUUUGAAUACACAGGAACUAUAAGGACUGCACUGGAAGAAAUUACUAAUUUGGAGAGAAGCGUGAAGAAGAAAGCUCACUUCCCCUGGAAUUUCAACCUUACAUCAGAUAGAUGUGUAUUUCAGACUUCUCCUCCAGAUAUCCAUAUCAUCUAUAUUGUCGGCCUGCUCUACUUGAUUGCUUAUAUUACAGUGUUUUUGGAAGCCUAUGCCUUGCGAGCCCGAAGAAAGAUUUCUGCGAGCUUCUUUGAGAGCCGGGAAAAUGAAAGGGUCAAAUACCUCCAGCAAAAGCUACUGAAUAAUUCGGAGCAUGAGUUCAAAAAUAAUGCAGUUGUUUUCACUGUGUCAGAGCAAUGCCACGUAAGCUUUAAAAGGCAAUGCAUUAAAUCAUAAGACGUAGGAGCAGAAUUGGGCCAUCCUGCCCAUCGAGUCUGCUCCGCCAUUCCAUCGCAACCCCAUUGUCCAUAACACUUGACACCCUUACUAAUCAAGAACCUAUCUACCAACUGUAUGCAAAGUGUAACUAACCUGUUGGCUUAGCAUUUUGAAUUACAGUGUAUAAGAAAGAAUUAUAUUGUGUUACAUCUUGCAUCACCUCAAGUCCCAAAGCACUUGUACAGAUAACAUGUUGGUGUUCCCCUUCCAUUUAUCCCAAGAAAUGCUGUACUCUGC